AUGGAUUCUAAACGGCAUGACGAAGACAAACCACGGCGGCGUCGCUCGCGAUCUUCCCCAUCCAGCUCUGAUGAAGAGCGUCGUCGACAGCGACGUAGAAGAGACCGCGAGGCUCCAGCACGAGAGACGAAACCAGGGAGCUCACGCGAUGAAAGAAGAAGAGACCGCGACUAUUCAAGAGAACGGGGUGAUGGCAGAGAUAGGAAGCGACGCAGAUCUCACAGCCCUGCACAGGAAUCGUCUCGCGGGCGAGUAGACAGAACAAGAAAACAUCGAGGCACACAGGAUCGCUCUCCAUCACACCGACAAGAGCGUCGAGAUGACCACAGGAACAGGGGGAAGAUGGAGAGCAAGACCUCAAGAGAGGGCUCGGCAGCGCAAGUUAGUCGCAAGAGCAACGGACCGCUACCUUCGCAAGCUUCAUCAUUUCAGCAAAAUGUUGAUCCCUCAACUGCACUCGUGCCGGCAGGAGAUGUACCAGAGAAACAAAAGCCAAAUUUUGCACCAACAGGACUACUAGCUGCCGCAUCUAAUUCUGUUACUCAAGUCGAUGGUUCAUCAAUUGUUCUCAAGUACCAUGAACCAGCGGAAGCACGCAAGCCCCCUACAAAAGAUGAGUGGAAGCUUUUCGUGUUCAAGGGAGCGGAUAUUCUGGAAACUAUAGAGCUCAGUACUCGUAGCUGUUGGCUAGUGGGAAGGGAAAUCACCGUCGUUGAUUUACCAGCGGAACAUCCCAGCAUUAGCAAACAACAUGCAGUCAUACAAUUUCGAUAUAUCGAGAAGACAAACGAGUUUGGUGACAGGACGGGAAGAGUCAGACCAUAUCUCAUUGAUCUUGAGUCUGCGAACGGUACUCUGCUCAACAAGGACGAAGUACCACCAAGUCGAUAUCUAGAGCUACGGGAUAAGGACAUGAUACAAUUUGGCCAUAGUACCAGAGAACAAGUGCCCUUCGCAGAGCCUCAAUAA